UCCUCCGUGUCAGUUGUUGGGCUGUAAUGGCGACUGGGCCGCCGCUGCUGAAGUGACUCCCGGGCGGGGGAGCCGGGCCAGACCUGCGCCAGAGGGAACUGCAGAGAGCCGCAGCUCAGGGGGUGGCUUGCUGUGGGGGAGGGGAGGCAGCCUUUCCGCCUCUCCUUCCUUCUCUGCAGACCCGCGGAUCCCGGGAGCCGGUGCGAGGCGGGCACCCGGUGCGUCCCCGGAGCGGGGAGGCCAGGGCCGGGCAGCCCUGGGGCCGGUCGGGGCGGCGUCACUGCACCCUCCGCCAGGCCCCGCGGGAUGCACCGUGGGGGCCGAGGGCGGAGGCGACACUCUCAGCAUUGGGAGUUUUAAAUCUUAAAGGCUAGCUAGUCCAAUUCCCACGUUUUAUAUGUAAGUAAACAGAGUUCAUAUGGAGGAAAUAUCUCACCCAUAGUUGAUUUCAUAACUGGAUGAAGACUCCACUAUACAGCUGUGAAGUCUACAUUUGUUUAAUAUGAAGAUAAUUAUCCAAUUAGAGGAUAAUUGUGAACAACCGGCAAUCUCUUCUAUGUAAAUUGGCAGGAUGAGGAGCAGCAAAUCAAAAGAGGUGCCUUUACCAAAUCCAAGGAACUCUCAAAGCACGGAUACUGUUCAAGAUAUAACCACACCAUGGGAUGCACUUUCUCAGACCAAGGCUGCUCUGAGACACAUUGAAAACAAAUUGGAAGUAGCCCCUACAAGUACAGCUGUGUUUGAUUCUGUCAUGGAUACCAAGAAAUCUUCUGCAAGUGCUACCAGAAAAAUAAGUAGAAAAGAUGGUAGAUACCUGGAUGAUUCUUGGGUUAAUGCUCCAACCUCCAAAUCUUCUAAAUCACGAAAAGAGAAAUCUCGUAGUCCUCUCAGAGCUACCACCCUGGAGAGUAACGUAAAGAAAAUUAAUCGUGUGGAAUUUCGUGAACCUUUAGUUUCUUACAGGGAAGUCCAUGGUACACCGUCCAACAUAAGUCCCAGCCAUUUAGAGUCAAAGCAUAUAUAUUGUGUGGAUGUUAAUGAAGAGAAGCCUGAGAGUGGGAACCGGAUGAUAUGCAGUCAGGAAGAUCGGAAUAUACAUUGCUGUGAUUUUGAGAGCUCCCAAUCAUCUGUCGUCAAUGAUACAGUUGUUAGAUUUUUAAAUGAUCGACCAACAAUUGAUGCAUUGCAAAAUUCUGAAUGUUUGAUUAAGAUGGCAGCUCCUAUGAGAAGUGAUGAAGAAAGGCCUAAUAGAGCAAAAGGAAAUGAGAACACUUUGAAGGCUUCUGUGUGUAACAUGGGCCGUGAUGUUGAUUCAAAAGUGUUACGGUUAACUGAUUCUUCUCCAUCUUCUACUAGUACCUGUAAUUCCCAAAGAUUAGAUAUCCUAAAGCGGCGACAACAUGAUGUUAAAUUGGAAAAACUCAAGGAGCGGAUUAGGAAACAGUGGGAACACUCAGAAGAAACAAAUGACCAGGGCCAGAAUCUGGGUCAUAUUGAGCAUCCAGUAAUGGUUGUUAAUGUUGAUAGCUCAGUGACAGCAAAGGUCAGGAAAGUGGCAACAGCACCACCUGCUCCAACAUAUAAAGGCUUCAAUCCUUCAGAGACCAAGAUUCGAACACCUGAUGGGAAAGUAUGGCAGGAGGCUGAGUUUCAAAACAUGAGUAGAGAACUGUAUCGUGACUUAGCACUUCACUUUGCAGGUGAUAGCUCUAUGAAAGAAAAACCUGCUGAGAAAAGUAAAGAGAAGAAAGUGGUCAAGCCAGUACGAAAAGUCCAAAAGGUAGCACAGUUAUCAAGUCCAGAAUGCAAAACAGGUAGCAGUCAUCUGAUAAGUACAUCUUCUUGGCGAGAUGGACAAAAAUUAGUAAAAAAAAUUCUGGGACCUGCACCUAGAAUAGAGCAAAAAGAGCGAAGAAUAGCAUCAAGUGACAGAAGUGGAAGAGAAAGAACUACUAAAUCUGGGGGUCAUAUUGGAAGAGCAGAAUCGGAUCCCAGAUUGGAUGUUUCACAUAGACAUCUUCCACGAAACUCAGAACGUUCAAGAAGUAGAGUUCGGUCAGAAAAUAAUGUAAAGAAAUUAGUUCCAUCUCUUCCAGAUAAUAAACAGGAGGAAAAUGCUGCCUUAAAUAAGGACUUUUUACCUGUUGAAAUUCGUGGAAUUCUUGAUGACCUACAGCUGGAUUCAGCAGCUCAGGCUGCAAGGCAAGAGACAGGAGAGUUACAGAAUCAGAAGCCAUCACCAUCAAUACAAGCUCCUAGGAGUCAUAGCCCAAUAAAAAGAAAACCUGACAAAAUAACAGCUAAUGAAGAUCCCCCUGUUAUUUCCAAAAAGCGUCACUAUGAUACAGAUGAGGUGCGACAGUACAUUGUUAGACAGCAGGAGGAAAGGAAGAGGAAGCAAAAUGAGGAGAAGAAGGCUCAAAAGGAGGCCACGGAACAGAAGAACAAACGAUUACAGGAGCUCUACCGGAAACAAAAAGAAGCCUUUACUAAAGUGAAAAAUGUGCCUCCUUCUGAGCCAUCAGCAAAUAGGCGACUGCAGGAAACUUACUCCAAAUUGCUUCUAGAAAAGUCAUUGCUUGAAGAGCCAACUCAUCAACAUAUGCAGGAAACACAGACCAGACCAGGGUAUCAGCCAUCUGGAGAAUCUGACAAAGAGAACAAAGUGCAGGAACGUCCCCCAAGUGCAUCUUCCAGUAGUGACAUGUCUCUGUCAGAACCUCCACAGCCUCUUGCAAGAAGGGAUUUGAUGGAUCCUACAUGGAUGCAGCCUGACAGACUGAGUCCACGAGUCCACCAUUCUCAACCACAGCCUCUUGUUGGAACAGCUGGAAAUUUAUUUUCCCAUCUCUUGAGUCUAGAGCAUGUAGGAAUUUUGCAUAAGGAUUUUGAAUCCAUUUUACCAACUAGGAAGAAUCAUAAUAUGGCUUCAGGGCCAUUAACUUUUACACCUCAACCAUAUCUGACCUCACCAGCUGCUCAUCCAGAUGCCUUGUUAAAACCUAGUGCUAGCCAAUAUAAGAGUAAACUGGAUCGUAUUGAAGCCUUGAAAGCAACAGCUGCUUCUUUGUCCAGCAGGAUUGAAAGUGAAGCUAAGAAAUUAGCUGGGGCUAACAUUAACUAUGGGUCAGUAUGGAACACUGAGUAUGAUGUGCAGCGAACACCCCAAGAAGAUGGACAUUGGACCAAGGCUAUAAGUCCACUUGUGAAAGAGGAUGCAGAAGAUGUUUUCUCUGCUCGAAUUCAAAAGAUGCUGGGAACCUGUGUGUCUCAUGCAACUUUUGAUGAUGAUCUUCCUGGUGUAGGCAACCUUAGUGAAUUUAAAAAGCUUCCUGAGAUGAUAAGACCUCAUAGUGCCGUAUCAAGCUUCAGAAUGAGAUCCCCUGGUCCCAAACCAGAAGGGCUGCUGGCACAGUUGUGUAAGAGGCAGACUGACUUUUCUAGCUCUGAUAUGCAAGCUUGUUCUCAAGACAAAGCCAAAAUGUCUCUUGGUUCCAGCACAGAUUCAGUGAGUGAAGGGCCUCUUCUUAGUGAGGGUAGUCUCUCUGAAGAAGAGGGAGGUCAAGAUGCACGGUCCCCUUUGAAGUUAGCAGAAAUCUUAAAAGAAAAGGAAUUUUGUGCUGGAGAAAGAAAUGCUUAUGAACCCAUCAAAGAGUUUCAGAAGGAAGCUGAAAAAUUUUUGCCACUCUUUGGGCCCAUAGGUGGUACACAAAGCAAAGGACCAUGGGAAGAAUUGGCAAAGGGAAGUCCACAUAGUGUCAUUAAUAUUUUUACAAAAUCAUAUAAAUUAUAUGGAAAAGGAUUUGAAGACAGGUUGGAAAGAGGAACAUCAGCAUCACGGUCUUUGAAUGCCAUCACAACCCCUCUAAGCAGCAUUUCAUAUGAAGAUGAUUUUGUCUCCUCUGCAGGGAGUGGGACUUUGACAGAAAAAAAGUCAGCUCUUGAACCCAAUAUUGGUAGUAACAGUUUAGGGGUUCAGGAGGAUCAUUCUAGCAGAAAGUCUGCCUAUGAUCUUUCCUCUGUGGAUGUUACCUCCCAGCACUCAUCAGGGGCCCAGUCUGCUGCGUCAUCUCGUUCAUCUUCUUCUUCUAAAGGAAAGAAAGGAAAAAAGGAAAAGAUAGAAUGGCUAGAUUCACUCACUGGAAAUAUUCAGAACUCACUUCUUGACGAAGAAAAAGUACACUCUAGUUCAGAAUGUGGCUCUCAUCAAGGAAAGAAAUCUGGGACCAGUAGCAAACUUUCUGUUAAAGAUUAUGAGCAGACUCUUGACACUGAUAGCACUUUGGAGGAUCUUUCUGGGCAUUCUUUGAGUGUCUCAUCAGACAAGGGAAGAUCACAGAAAACUCCAACUUCUCCCCUAUCUCCAAGUUCCCAGAAAUUGUUGCAGUUUGACCUUCCAGGAACUUCAUUAGAAAGAUCUAAAUCCUCAAUAGUAGUGACUCCAACUAUAACAGGAUUUAAGCCUAAUGCAACUUUUGCUGAUACGAACCUAGCUGCCAGCAGAACGACAGAGAUGGCUUCAACACCAGGUUCUAAGCGCUUUUCUCCUGCUGGCCUCCAGCAUCGUAUGGCAGCAGAACUCAGUUACUUAGGUGCCAUUGAGGAGUCAGUGCGCCAACUAUCAGAUGUAGAAAGAGUUAGAGGCAUUUCACUUGCUCAGCAGGAGAGUGUGUCUCUGGCUCAGAUCAUAAAGGCACAGCAGCAACGCCAUGAAAGAGACUUGGCCCUUUUGAAAUUGAAGGCUGAACAAGAGGCUCUGGAGUGUCAGAGACAAUUAGAAGAAACCCGAAGCAAAGCAGCUCAGGUCCAUGCGGAAUCAUUGCAGCAGGUGGUUAAAUCACAACGGGAUGUAACUGAAGUCCUGCAGGAAGCAACUUGUAAAAUAGCUGCUCAGCAAACAGAGACUGCUCGCCUGACCACAAAUGCAGCACGCCAAAUCUGUGAGAUGGCAGAGUUGACUCGAACUCAUAUCUCAGAUGCCAUCACUGCUUCAGGAGCUCCCCUAGCAACGCUAUAUGACCACCAGCGGCAGUAUGCUCCAGACUUCGUGAAACAACUAAGGACAAGAGCUGAAACAGAUAGGAAAAGUCAAUCUGGUCCACUCUCUCAGAGUAAAGAAGGGACCCUUGACUCCAAGCAUCAGAAGUUUUCUCCUUCAUAUGAUAGUUAUUCUGAGUCUUCAAGACACAAGAAUCGCGAUAGAAGGAGUAGUAGUGGUAGCAGCCGUCAAGAAAGUCCUUCAGUUCCAUCUUGUAAGGAAAAUGAGAAGAAACUUCAUGGUGAAAAGAUGGAAAGUUCUAUUGAUGAACAGGUCCAGACUGCUGUGGAUGAUUCUCUACGAAGUGAUAGUGUACCAUCUCUUCCCGAUGAGAAAGAUUCAACCUCUGUUGCAACAGAAUAUUCCCUGAAAUUUGAUGAAUCCAUGACAGAAGAUGAAAUAGAAGAAAGAUCAUUUCGAUCUUUACUACCUUCUGAGAGUCAUCGCAGAUUUAACAUGGAAAAGAAAAGAGGCCAUCAUGAUGACUCUGAUGAAGAAACUUCCCCAGAAAAGACUACACUGUCCUCUGCCAAGGAGCUGAGCAUGCCAUUCUCAGGAGGACAAGACAGCUUUUCUAAAUUUACUAUGGAGAUGGUUAGACAGUAUAUGAAAGAAGAGGAAAUGAGAGCAGCUCACCAGUCUUCACUCCUGCGUCUCCGUGAAAAGGCCUUGAAGGAGAAAACUAAAGCUGAAUUAGCCUGGCUAGAGCAUCAGAAAAAACAUCUACGAGAUAAAGGAGAAGAUGAUAAAAUGCCCCCACUCAGAAAGAAACAACGUGGUUUGCUCUUAAGGUUGCAGCAAGAAAAGGCAGAAAUUAAACGUCUUCAGGAAGCCAAUAAGGCAGCUCGGAAGGAAAGACAGCUGAUUCUUAAACAGCAGGAGGAGAUAGAAAGGAUCCGACAGACCACCAUAAAACUUCAGGAGAAGUUGAAGUCUGCAGGGGAGAAUAAAUUGGACUCUCAUAGUGAUGAUGAUACAAAGGAUAAUAAGGCAACCAGUCCUGCUCCAACUGACUUGGAGACCCGCAGUCCUUCCCCCAUUUCAAUCUCCAGCAGUGAAACUAGCAGCAUUAUGCAGAAACUGAAGAAAAUGAGAAGCCGCAUGGAUGAAAAGUUUCUGACAAAGCGAGAGCAAAAACUAAUGCAAAGGCGCCAACAUGCGGAGGAGCUACUAGAGUGGAAGAGACGUUUAGAUGCAGAGGAAGCAGAAAUUCGUCAAAUGGAAAAACAAGCUUUGGCUGCCUGGGACAAAGAAUUGAUAAAACCUAAAACUCCUAAGAAAGAACUGGAGGACCAGAGAGCAGAACAGAAAGGUCAAGGGCCAAAAAUGAAGAUUUCCAAAAUGAAUUCUUCCGCAAAGACAUCAGAUUGGAGAAGCUUCUUCAGUGGUUCUCUCUCAGGAGAAAUAGUGAGUGAAACAGAAUCUCCAGUACCUUCCUACUCUCAUCUACACAGUGAAAGCUCUAUUCCAGAAGAAUUGGGCAGCCCUGCUGUUGAAUAUAUACCAUCUGAACCUAUAGUUCAGGAGCAGCCUGGAAGUCCAGAUCACAGUAUACUUACUGAAGAAAUGGUUUUUUCACAAGAACUGGAAUCUUCUACCUCACCUAGUAAACAUUCACCUCCUAAAAGCUGCACAUCUGUGUCAAAGCAGGAGUCUAGCAAAGGAAGUCAUAGAACUGGAGGACAAUGUCAUCUACCCGUCAAGUCCCAUCAACACUGUUAUAGUUGGUCAGAUGAGUCAUUAUCUAUGACACAGUCAGAAACUACAUCUGACCAGAGUGACAUUGAAGGUAGGAUCAGAGCCCUGAAGGAUGAGCUGCGGAAAAGAAAAUCAGUUGUGGACCAACUGAAGAAGGAACAGAAAAAAAGGCAAAAGGAAAGACUGAAAGCCCAAGAAGCCAGUCUAAUCAAACAAUUGGAGUCAUAUGAUGAAUUCAUUAAGAAAACUGAAGCCGAGCUUAGCCGAGAUUUGGAAACAUCACCAACAGCCAAGCCUCAGAUUAAAACGCUCUCCUCAGCUUCUGAAAAACCCAAGAUCAAGCCCCUUCCACUACACAGAUCUGAAACAGCAAAGAAUUGGAAAUCACUGACAGAGUCAGAACGUUCCAGAGGAUCCCUGGAGUCUAUUGCUGAACAUGUUGAUGCUGCAUUGGCAGGUUCUGAGAGAUCAGUGUCAGAAAGGUCUUUAUCUGCAUAUGCAAAGAGAAUGAUUGAAUUGGACAGUCGAACAGAAGAGCACUUUCAGACUUCUUCUCCAAUUCUCAGAUCAUCAAGGAGAACCAGAGCAGACUCUGGAGAUUCUCUAGAAAAUGUCCCUUCAUUACCUCUUCUCAAAGAAUUAACUGCCUCUAAUAGAAUUCUUGAUGUGUCAGAUGCCAAGGUUGAAAAAGAAUCUAGUCAAAAAUCAGAAAUACACGAAGUAGAAUAUGCAAAAUUGGAGGAGAGUGCAAUUGAAGAUGCCUAUUCUAAACAAUCUAGGAAGCCUGAUGUCUUCCUGAAACUAGACCUGGAACAGGGAGAUUCAUCUGAAAUUCUUUCAAGGAAAGAUCUUUCUUUAGAUUCUAUAAGUGUUCAGAAAGACUUAGUUAGAUUAGCCAUUGAAAAUCUUCAUAAAAAAGAGUCAGAAGAGAGACAGUCAGAUCAAGAUAUGGGUCAUAGUGCAAACAUCCAAUCAGAAAAAGACACUCACGUACAAAAGAAUAUAAAGGGCAGAGACUCAUCUUGGUCAGAACAUCUUUUUGCAUGUAAAGAGAUAUCAUACUCUGAAGAUUUUGAAGUAUCUUCUUUCAAGAAAGACAUUUCAGCUGAAUUGUACAAAGAUGACUUUGAGGUGACAUCUUUGUUGUCACUCAGGAAAGACUCUCAGUCUUGCAGAGAGAAGUCACAGGCAACAAGGAUCUCUAGAAGUAGAGCCACUAGCUUUGAUAGUGAUGAUGAAAUCAGUGAGUGCCUCAGUGAGAAAAGCCUUUCUAUUCAUAGCAGUGUCCAUUCUGAAAGGCUAUUAGAACUCAAGUCCCCCACUGAGCUUAUGAAAAGUAAGGAGCGCAGUGAUGUAGAGCAUGAACAGAGACUUACUGAAUCCCCUUCCUUAGCUUCAGCUUCUCUUGCAGAUGAGUUACUUGAUUUCCACAUCGGUGAUAGGGUGUUGAUUGGCAAUGUUCAGCCAGGAACUCUUCGAUUCAAAGGUGUGACUAGUUUUGCUAAAGGAUUUUGGGCUGGAGUGGAGUUGGAUAAACCUGAAGGAAAUAACAGUGGAACAUAUGAUGGCAUUGUAUACUUUGUGUGCAAAGAGAAGCAUGGGAUUUUUGCUCCUCCUCAAAAAAUAUCUCACAUUUCAGAAAACUUUGAUGACUAUGUAGACAUAAAUGAAGAUGAAGACUCUUAUUCAGAUGAACAAUAUCAAUACUAUAAUCAAGAACAAAAAGAUACAGAGGGUCCCAAGUUUGACAGAGAAAAGGAUGCGAUUGAGUGUUUUUAUAAGGAAUCUCAACCUAGUAUGCAUGACACAGAAGCCUCAGUUGAUAGAAGCCUUAAAAUAGAAACAGACAAUAUACAGGACAUUUCUGGAGUACUUGAAGCCCAUAUUCACCAGCAGAAUUCAGUGGAUUCACUGAUUUCUUCAAAGGAAAACAAAGACCUUGUUUCUGGUGCCACGGAAAAGGUUUCCACUGCUGUAGAAGACAAUGCUUUAGGUAAUACCUUUUCUGAAGAAUUAAGGAAGCAACAGCAGUUUACCGAAAAGCAAGAGAACCUAUAUCCAGAAGUUUCAGAAAAGCUUUCUACCCCACUUCUGGACCUUUUAGCAAGAGAAAAGAACCAAUUGGAAGCCCAGCUGAGGUCACCACCAAGUGAGGAAAAAAAGUCAAAGGAACAACUAGAAACAGUCAGCUUACUGACAGAUAGUUUACUAAAAGUCUUUGUGAAGGACACAGUCAAUCAACUACAACAAAUCAAAAAAGCUAGGAAUGAGAAAAUCCAGCUUAGCAAUCAAGAGCUUCUUGUUGAUGAUCAAAAGAAAGUACCACCCCAAGGCCUAUCCCAGAAUCUUGAGGAACAGUCACCAAGUGUUCCAGGUUGCUUCUUAAGGUCUGAAUCGGAAGAUGAGAAAGAAGAGAUUUCCUCACCAGAUAUGUGUCCUAGACCUGAGAGUCCAGUAUUCGGUGCCAGUGGGCAGGAAGAGCUUGCUAAGAGACUUGCUGAACUUGAGAUUAGCCGGGAGUUCCUGAGCGUGUUAGGAGAUGAUCAAGACUGGUUUGAUGAAGACUUUGGUUUGAGCUCUUCUCACAAGAUACAAAAGAAUAAGGCAGAAGAAACAAUUGUACCUCUAAUGGCAGAACCUAAGGGAGCUCUACAAAAGCCAUGUGAAACAUUAUUGGCAGUCCCACAUACUGCGGAGGAAGUAGAAAUUCUUGUACACAAUGCAGCAGAAGAACUUUGGAAUUGGAAAGAAUUAGGUCAUGAUCUUCACAGCAUCAGUAUUCCUACAAAACUGCUUGGCUGUGCCAGUAAGGGUCUAGAUAUAGAAAGCACUAGUAAAAGGGUGUACAAACAGGCGGUUUUUGAUUUAACAAAAGAGAUUUUUGAAGAAAUAUUUGCCGAGGAUCCCAACUUGAAUCAGCCUGUCUGGAUGAAGCCAUGUAGAAUCAACUCUAGUUAUUUCCGACGAGUGAAAAAUCCAAAUAACCUUGAUGAAAUCAAGAACUUCAUAGCAACCGAAGUACUCAAGCUGUUCAGUCUUAAAAAGGAGCCAAACCACAAAACAGAUUGGCAGAAAAUGAUGAAAUUUGGAAGAAAGAAAAGAGACCGAGUGGAUCAUAUCCUGGUACAGGAGCUCCACGAGGAGGAGGCACAGUGGGUGAACUAUGAUGAGGAUGAGUUAUGUGUGAAGAUGCAGCUAGCUGAUGGGAUCUUUGAGACCUUGAUCAGAGAUACUGUUGAUGUUCUGAAUCAGAUCAGUGAAAAACAGGGGAGAAUGCUACUUGUGUGACAUCUUGCAAAUAAAUCGAACACUGAGUGCUAAUAUGAGUCCUGGGCCUUUCUGCCUCCUGAUAUACACCCCAUCUCCAUCAUAGCAAGAGUGCUUCUGGACCUUGUACCUGUUCUUAAAGACUACUGGUUUGGAGUUCAUGGGACAAUGAGGUAUAUCUGGUAUUACAGCCUUAGCCUUUAGAGACUGUCCACUGGAAUAACUGGUUGUUUUCGGUGGGCAGGGUCUGAUGUUGACACACAGUGUAAUCCUACACCUCUUGUUAGCAUCCCUACUGGGUCUCAGAUGAGGGCUGAAAGCACCAGACUUACCUCUUAGCUUAGACUAGGGUAUCACUUCCUUGAGUCUGAAGUCAAGCAAGAGAGGCAUAUAGAUGUGCAUCAUACCAUUUUUGAAAUGGAAUCCUGGUUUAUACCAUGAAAGUCAUAAAUGGACAUUAUAGUCUCUAAACAGUAUUAAACCCUGAACUACUUUCAGAUAGGCAAGUUUAGUAAUGUGUGCCUAUUUCCCCUUGUGGAGUUCAUUUCAUUUUGUUUUGAAGACCAUUUUCUUCCAUUAUUGCAAUUGAGCAGCACCAAGUGGACUGUCAAGUUAAGACAUCAGUGGUAGCCUUGCUUCCUGAGCACCAUCUAAAGAAUUUUAAACUUUUGCAUUAUACUUAGUUUUUUCUCUGUGAGCAUGAAAACAAAGAAGUGCCCCCACUGAAGACUGGGCUCACAGGACUGGUGCAGGGCUGGUUCUUCCACCCCUUGUGGGCCUGGGUUCAGUCCCUGCACUUUUCUUACUUCUUCUGAACCUCUGCCAGCUGCUCCCAGAAUCACAGAUCCUCAGGACCAUCUCAGGCAUCGAGGCAUGGCAGAAGUGGAAAUAAUUCAUUUUGGCCUUCAAACUUUAAGCUCCCAUAUCUCCCCAAGAAGUCAGAGACGCUGUUACUUGAAUGAUUUAGGAAAUGAGUGUGUGCACCAAAGACAAAAAGAUAUUGUCUAUUGUUUGUGUGCUUGUUUUACGCUAUAGAACAUUUUUUUAAUUUAUUUUAAGAUAAAUUAUUAAGUUGAAAAUGUAUGUCCCUAUUCAGAAAUGAAAGAUUCUUCUUGUAAUAGUUAAACUUCUGUCUUGAAGCUUCUAUGGUUCGUAGUCUUUGCACAGGAAACUUACGGUUUUAACAAACCCAUACACAUAUUGAAGAAGGCAGUUUAAUUCAGUAAAAAGAAGAUGAGCUCUUCUAAGAUCACCUGCAGUAGCAGGAAUGGGGUAAAAUGAUUUAAAGACACUGUAAAAUUCAAUUCUGCCUCUCUUGCAGCAUUGCUUCUCACAACUAUUACCUGUAUCUGAAAAAAAUAUAUAGACUCCAGCUGCUAUGUUAGAGCAUGUGUGAUGCUCUCCUGGGACCUCAGUACCCUGCCUUCUUGACUGGUUUCUCUGAAUCAGUCCUAUCCUUCAAGUAAUCUAGAAGAAUGUGGAUAAUCUUAGGCGUGAAUGUAAAUGCCUUAAUAUUGAAGGUCCUGAUUAGAAGCAUGAUAUAAGACAUCCACUGGAUUCAUACUUAGAAAUAUCCUGGAAUGUUAUAACUUCAAAAUAUGUUAGGAAAACCCCAAAGAUGGUAUAAUCUUUAAGUGUGCAUGUUCAUUCAUUUCUGCCUCUUUCCUCCCAACUUGCCUUUGCGUCUCCAAUGUUUUACUAUGCACACUUCCAUUCCUCUUUGGUUCCAUCUUGUCAUUAUGAGAAACUUAUUGAAAUAAUCAUUGGAAUACUUGCAUUUUGCACAAUGACUGGUAUGAUAGCUCUUGACAAAUAAGGAAAGCACUGAAAUGUUGUGACUGGGUCUCGGGAAAUGCUCAGAUUGAUGUUGCCAGCAUUGCUUCUAGGCUUUUGAUGUUGAGCUCUAGUCUUGUAGCCAUAAUGAGCAAAUUGACUAAGAGAAGCUAGGGUUUCUUGGGGUUAUUAACCAGUAGUGUGGAGAUAUUAUUUUCAUGUGGCCAAGGAAAAGCGAAGCCUUUUCUUUUCAGUUUGUGUUAUUUGGAAGACGGAAAAACAUCUUGUCUACAUCCUUUGGCUGUUUGUAGGAUUACAUAGUCCUUAUGAUACUGAAACUUUACAGCUGCUGUAAAUUUUUUAUAAAUGAAUAUGAAAAUAAUAUAAUAGGAAUAUAGGUUGUUUUUCUACAUACUCAUUAUUUGGACCUAAAUAAAUUUUUAAUAAUGUUUAUCUUUACUCUUUAUGACAUUGUGAUUCCAAAAAUGAAAAAAAUGAUAUAAGUCCACGGAAUCAGCAACCUGGACUUAAAGUUCCCUGGUAAGAAUGCUGCCAAGAAUGUGGCAGUAGCAGUCCUAACAUACUCCAGCUGUCUUUACUGUCUUGAGAAUCCUGGGUUCCAGAUAAAAGAGGCAGGAAUGGAUCAGUCUUACUCUUUGCUAGAAAUGAUUAUCCAUAGUUUGGUAGCAGAAAACAAAGGAAUCUAUAAUUAGCAGAUUUCUUAUUGCUUUAACUACUUGGGUAUAAUUGAAAAGGGGUUACUUGUUAGCAUUAGGAAUGAUAAACAUGGAUACCCAGCCACUCGUUCCAUAUUGGGAUCUUUUUAAUCAAGCUCUGCCUCUUAACCAAGAAUCUAAAUAUUCCCUCUUUGUAAUCUUUGUUCCUUCUCCCCACAUUCCCAUCCUCUUUCACUCUUUCUUCAUAAUUCCUCUAAGAAAAAGAUCUUUGCAUCAGCAGUAAUAUCUUUUAGAAUAAUAGCACUAUCAGAAUUUAGCAGUAAACCAACAUAUAGGCUUCAGAUUUAUUUCUGAGUCCAAAAUAAUUUGUGCUAUCCAGGGUACUUCACUCUGGGUUAAAUAAGUACAGGGUAUAGAUUCCCUCUUCAGGUCUAAACAGGAAUUUUUACUCUAGGGAAAAGUGGGAAGAGCUCAAAAGUAGUUAAUAAGGAAGGUAAUUUGUGUUUCUUUUAUGUAAAAGAAAGGAAAAUUCCUUCUGUGACUACAGGUCUCUGAGAAAUUACCUUUCAAAAGAGAUUUCAUCGCUCAUAAGAGUGUUGUGGCCUAUUGAUAGAAACAAUUUUGUUCACUUUCUUGUCUUGAAAAAAAAAGUGGCCUUAGCUUUUUGCAAUACUUGAAUAAAGUGUGUACUCGCACAGCGUUAGAGACUCAUAACUUUUCUGCAAGAAGUUCAAACUUACAUCUUCUUUUACUACCUUAAGAAUACUAGUGAAUAAAACAUUAAUUCAAAGAGCAAAUGAUAGAAACUACAAUGAUGUUUAAUGCAAAUUGUAGAAAUUUACAUGUUUACAAAUCAUCUUAAACUGGUUGUGCAGCAAUUCAAUAAACUGUAUUAUAAAAAUGUGAAGAAAAAAUGUAAACUGAUGUAAAGGAGGUACUGUCAUUUUAAUUAAUCUAUAUUUAAUAGCUUUUCCUUCUGAACUUUGCAAAGCCUUCUCGGUAAACACAUUGCAAAGCAUUCCCUGGGAGGCCCCGCCUCCCUGUGUGUACUGUAUUGUGCAGACAUGAAAAACAAACCCGUUUACUGUGUAUGUGUAAAUAGCCUGGUCAUCAGGCCUUUUUCAGUCAAUAGUCACAUCCAGUGCAACUUUGCACAGAAGACUUAGGGUGUGGUUUGUAAGUAUGAUCUGUAAAAUAACUGGGAUGAGUUCCCAUGUACACCUGUGUAAAUAGAUUUGUUAACUGAAAUGUACUUUAAGAAAAGAUGAAAUGUGUAAAUAAACUGAUUUGUAAAUUAA